GGAGAGGUCUUUUGGAUCCACGCGGACGCAAUCGAACGGAUUGUAUAUUGGAGAGAUCUGCAACCAGGCAACGUUUGGAUGACAGAAUGGCCGUUCUGUCGUUCCCUCCUUUGCUGAAUUCGACAAAUGUCACACAAACUCCUCUCCUAAGUCACAUGCGUGCAGCCAUUGCUGCAAUCCCGGCUCUCCCCACUUUCGUUGGCGAUCCCUCAAUGUCUUCGUUUGCGCAAUCCGCUCUGCUUCCUUCGCGUCCUCCAUUUUCUUCGCCCAUGGGCUCUCUCGCAGCGAUGUUGCCGACGCCUUGGUCCGGAAGUCAGAGCAUGUGCGGUGUUCAACAAAGUCGUUCAGACGCCGCGCAUCCAUUUGGUUUGCCGCGGGCGUUCCCGUGUUCGGGCCAUGACAACUCCRGCGCGRUUCCCGUUGCRGGUGUCUUUGCGUCGGAUCCUGUUUGUCGAACARAAGAGAYACGUUCASCGAUYGAAKCARUGCAACCGACAUCAUGCACUCCAGUUUCCAGCAACCGUGCACGCGAUGUUCUUUCCCCGGCUGAUGAUAGCGAGGCUGGGAUGAGUUUCUCGCCUCGAUCGCCCCGUACGAGGUCCAGUACACCUCGUGAAGGCAAGCCUCACUGGGUGCGAUGUAGACUUGAUCAAAAAAGUCGCCUGGGUGAGAUUGCGAAGGCGGUGGGGAAGAAGUUGUCGACUCGCACUCGAGGCUCCAAAGAUAAGAAGAAAAAUCAUUGUUCGUACGAGGACGUGUUCGAUCAGCUCAUGAAGUGGAGUUCCGUUCACAUUGAUGAGCUGAUGUCAAAGUAUGGGCCCGGUGAACAAUCGUCUGGCCAUGGGGGUUCAUGCGGACAAGGAUCCGACGCAACGGCGACACCAAAGUCGCGAGGUGGCAGACCUCGCAGGGACGCAUUGAAAUGGCGCGACGACAAGUCGGGAUAUUUGGAUAAUGGUCCGAUGUUUGAACGAUGGAGCGUGAGGGACCAAAUGGCCAUGUGGGAUGCUAAAGCAAGACCUGAUGUCGUUUUCAUUGAGCCGGUCAAACUUCUUCAGAUUCUCGGGAUGUUCGAGCAAACGUGUCCUCGACACGAGAAAGACGUUGAGGUGACGAUUAAGAAGAUCCAUUAUCUAUGUCACAUUUGCAAGUUGCAAUUCGAGUGCGGGAAAGGGUGCACAUGGCACUGGAGUUCCGCGAAGGUUGUUUCACCGGGCGGGGUGAGAAAUUCGAGGGUUGAGACUCAAUUGUUCCACUCCACUUUGACUGCGGGAAUGACUUACACUCAAUUGAAUAACCUCCUGCGGUGCUUAGGGAUGAGAAAGGUCAGAAAAGAAACUUUCUAUAAUUUUUUUCGUGAUGACGGCCCAGGUUUCCGACAAUGGUUGCGACACGUCGAACGGGUUACUAAAAAGAGCUUCGACAAGGUAAUCGCGCGAUUGUGUAGGUCGAACGAUCCAGUCGUCGUUUUGGUUGAUGGGCGUUACGAUUCGUCUCGUGAUGCUCAGCAUUGUACGGUGACGGCGGUGGAUUUGAAGUCAGGAAUGAUCGUGGGGACGGAGACCAUGCUCCGGGGGAAUGAGUCGUCAUGGAAGCUGGAGACGCAGUGUGUUGAGAAACUGCUAUAUCGGUUGAAGGACGAGAAAAACCUCAUAAUCGUAGAGGUUGUGCAUGAUGAUUGUGGCGCGGUUGACGUCAUAUUGCGGCGAAUGAACAUUGACUCACAAAAGUGUAUGUGGCAUAAGGCGAAGACUUUGGUGAAACGCUUGCGAGAGGCUGUGCGCGGCACGAAGACUGUCAAACCAGCUGCAGUCGGGGCUUGCGAGCAUGUGCGAGAGGUGAAGUGUUUCACAAAGAAGGAACUCGAACUUUGGCUCGAAUCGAAAUGUGUACACGAGGCCGGGGUAUCCACGAGAAAAAAGAAUGAACUCGUUGAGACUGUUUGGGGCGUGCUCUUCCCUGACGAAGCAGGGAAAGCAUUGCCAGAUGAUGUCGUCGAGAUCGACGCGUUGCAAACACUGCAUUCCAAUGCGGCGGAGGAGGCGAAGGAGUGGUUGUACGGCGCUUGCAGGCUACGCGAGCUCGCAAAGGAUGACGAUGGUGAUGUGUUGGCCACGCAUGUGCAACACCUUGCCGAUCAUUGGGCCGGGGAUCACUCCUGUUGCGAUAAGGAGUUGUCCAACCUGUGCAAAGCGGCUGGGGGUCCGGACAGGGAUCCAUUGUACGAGGCGGGGGGGCGUGUUCAUUUUGCCGUCGCGCGCUGUCUUCAACAGUUCGCUUCGAAUACGAAGAUGGCGUACUACACACGUGCGAGGAUGACCUUCAACAACGAGUGCUUCCACUCCGUGAUCAACAACUACGCAACGAAACGCUUGAACUUCCCCAAGUCGUAUGAGGCGCGCGUGUUUUUUGGCAGCCCUCGGGUCGGAGAUUGGGCACAUAACAUGUUGCAGCAAUCGGACGUCGACGGCCCAGUUAUUGAGCAUUAUGAUGAGGAAGCCAAUUAUGGACUCCCUGAUGCCGUUGAGAGUGCGGUGGAGGGUGUUGUGGCCGAAGGUGACGAUGUUUACGUUGAGGCGGGAAGCGAAAGUGCUUUAGAUGAUGAAAAGUCAUCUUCCGACUCUGACACCGAUGGUGCCGCUCACCGCCUCGACUUUGACGGCGUCGUUCUUUCGCACGAGGUGUCCGUUGCGCAGGAGUGAUAGUGUCACGUACUACAUCAAUGCCCAUUGUCGUCGUCAUAAUCAUUAGAAUGUUAUGUCCUCGAUUUGAACUGGUUGUGAGAACAG